AUGCACGGGAGGCAGCUCGUCUGUUGGCACCUGCUGGCUUUGCUUUUCCUCCCGUUUUGCCUCUGUCAAGAUGAAUACAUGGAGGUGAGCGGAAGAGCUAAGAAAGUGGUGGCGAGAAUAGUGCAAAGCCACCAGCAGACUGGCCGUAGCGGCUCCCGGAGGGAGAAAGUGAGAGAGCGGAGCCAUCCUAAUACUGGGACUGUGGAUAAUAACACUUCUGCAGACCUAAAAUCCCUGAGACCGGAUGAGCUACCGCACCCUGAGGUAGAUGACCUAGCCCAGAUCACCCCAUUCUGGGGCCAGUCUCCACAAACCGGAGGACUGCCCCCAGACUGCAGCAAAUGUUGCCACGGAGAGUACAGUUUCCGAGGCUACCAAGGCCCCCCUGGACCGCCCGGCCCCCCUGGCAUUCCAGGAAACCAUGGGAACAAUGGCAAUAAUGGAGCCACUGGCCAUGAAGGGGCCAAAGGUGAGAAAGGAGACAAAGGUGACCUGGGGCCACGAGGGGAACGGGGGCAGCAUGGCCCCAAAGGAGAGAAGGGCUACCCAGGGGUUCCUCCGGAACUGCAGAUUGCAUUCAUGGCUUCUCUGGCAACUCACUUCAGCAAUCAGAACAGCGGAAUUAUCUUCAGCAGCGUUGAGACCAACAUUGGAAACUUCUUUGACGUCAUGACUGGUAGAUUCGGGGCCCCAGUAUCAGGUGUGUAUUUCUUCACCUUCAGCAUGAUGAAGCACGAGGAUGUUGAAGAAGUAUAUGUGUACCUCAUGCACAAUGGCAAUACAGUCUUCAGCAUGUACAGCUAUGAAACAAAGGGGAAAUCGGACACAUCCAGCAACCAUGCAGUACUGAAGCUGGCCAAAGGGGAUGAGGUUUGGCUGAGAAUGGGCAAUGGCGCUCUUCAUGGGGACCAUCAGCGCUUCUCUACCUUUGCAGGCUUCCUGCUCUUUGAAACCAAAUAAAUAUAUGAAUAGACCAGCUCUACUUUUGGGAAGACUUACGGCUAAGCUGGUAUUGGUAUGAGCUGAAGGACAUUAGAGUUGAGGGUUCUACUCAGGAGCUCAGAAGAAGAAUCCACAAAAUUGUCUUCCCAAGUGACCUUGACUAAUAUACUCAGCACCUUUACUCUUCCCUAGGCACCUAAAAAAAAAUUCCCUUCUUGAUACAGGUUGGAAAUAAUUUUCCUCAUCAAAGAAUUCAUUUGCAAAUAAUUUGGCUACUCCGUUUUUAAUUUAAUAGCAACUUUCAGGAAUUCUUGAGGUUUGAGGCACAUCAUUCUUUAUAACGUUUCAAGGAAUAGGGUGCAGUGAUUAUGAUGGAGCCAGCAGGAGCAAGGGCACUUGCUAGGACCAAGUUACCAGAAACAUUUGUAAAGCCUAGACUGGGAAGUAACACUUUGAUCCAGUGGGUCAAUUUUUAUGAAUGAAGUAUAGAUAUUUUUAGUAACUCUAGAUAGCUUUUAGAUAGGAAAAGUAUUCAUAAUGCUCAUAAAUAAUGGACUCCUCCUUUUUUAUAAGGAUACUGCUGUAAUUAAAUCUGGAUUUGUAAUGGCUUGUAUUUUUGGAUAUAAAAUUUUCUCAUGAUCCAAAAUUGAGUUUAUCAGGUCUGACUUAUUAUAUUGACUUUUUUUUCCAUUGAGUUUCUUAGAUUAAAGUAGAUCUUUGUUGGUUCUGGCCUGCAGAACCAGUUGAGGUGAGCUUAGAUCCACAUAUACAGAUAUAUGUGAAGUUCUCUCUCAAUUUAGAAAUUACCCCAAUAAACUUUACACACACUGACAUGUCAUUUCAAGGAAAUGUAAACUCAGUUAUAUACAGUGAAACUAAUGGAUGCAAAAUACAAGGGAAUUCCAUUUAGAAGACAUAAAAUAAAAUCUCUUAACCUUUUCAAAAAUAAAAAAUGAUAUGGCUUCUUUGAUUACCAUAUUUAAGCAACAUUUAUAAAGCAGCUGUGCUCCUUGACUUUUGCCUAUCCCUCCCCAAAAGGGAUAAGUUCAGAAGAUAGUACCCCAAACUGGUUUCUUUUAAGCAAAGAAAGUAUCAUUGGAAUAUGUGUUUACCCUGAGGUCAAAUCACAUUUAAAAGGCACUAGAGAGAUGCCUUUCUGACAAAUAUCACUUAAUGAAUUCCCUUGGAAGCAAUUAGCCCUUGACUAAUUUUCUGUAACAAUUUGAAUUUCCACAAAAGCUUUUAAACUGUGGGUUUAAUUGUAUUGAUUACCCCCUACAGCUGGAAGCAGAGAGAAUUAAGUAGGGCUGCCCUAUUAACUAACUUAGUGGGCUCCUUGCUCCCUUCUUUGACCCUUUCUUUUGAUCUAUAAAUAUUUUAAAACUCUUUUCCUGACCAAUACAAGCAAUGCUAUUUUAAAGUGACUGGAUAUUAGCCAAAAUAUGCUUGACUGGUUGAUAAUGUCUUCGUGAUUUUGUGUGUAUGUUCCCUGCCAUCCCUGGAGCUGUGGGUGUUGAGGUUUACUAUUUCUAAACAUCAUAAAUAUUUUGUAAAAGUGUAUUGCCAAUAGAUAUUUGAAUUUUGCAUGUUGCCCAAAGAUAUUUCAUUUCUAAAGAACACAUACCAUUAACAAACUGCCUUAAAAGAAGAUAUUGGCUUAGCUUUAGAUACAACUAAGGCAAGAAAAAUGUAAAAGCAUUGUGUGGAAACAAACAUACUUUUGUUAAAUGUACUGUUUUAUAAGGUCCUUAAUAAAGUUGAAUAGCCAUUUGAUUGUAAA